GCAGCCCUCAGAACAGCUCAGGCCGCUGUGCCGCCUGGCUCUCGUUUUCCUUGUUCUCCGCGGGCUGUGGGGGGCUCCGCGCCGCGGCCGUUAGUCAUGUCGGAUUCUGGAAGUUACAGUCAGUCUGGGGGUGAGCAACAAAGUUAUUCUUCCUAUGGAAAUCAAGGAAACCAAAGCUAUGGGCAAGCACCACAAAGCUAUUCUGGCUAUGGGCAAACAACUGAUUCUUCAUACGGACAGAACUAUGGCGGUUACUCCAGUUAUGGACAGAACCAAUCAGGUUAUUCACAGUCCUACAGUGGUUAUGAGAAUCAAAAGCAGAGCUCAUAUGGCCAGCAAUCGUACAAUAACCAAGGACAGCAAAGCACGGAAUCAUCAUCAGGCCAAGGUGGAAGAGCGCCUUCAUAUGGUCAAUCUGACUAUAGCCAACAUGAUUCUUAUAACCAGCAGUCAGGCUAUAAUCAGCAUCAAGGCUCAUAUGAUGAGCAGUCAAAUUAUCAGCAACAUGAUUCCUAUAAUCAAAACCAGCAGUCCUAUCAUUCACAAAGGGAAAACUAUAGUCACCACACACAAGAUGACCGUCGUGAUGUGAGUAGGUAUGGAGAAGAUAAUAGAGGAUAUGGCGGGUCACAGGGAGGAGGUAGAGGGCGUGGGGGAUAUGACAAGGAUGGAAGAGGUCCUAUGACAGGAUCAAGUGGUGGUGACCGCGGUGGCUUCAAAAAUUUUGGUGGUCACAGGGAUUAUGGACCCAGACCAGAUGCUGAUUCAGAGUCUGACAAUUCAGAUAAUAACACAAUCUUUGUGCAAGGACUUGGUGAGGGCGUGUCUACAGAUCAAGUAGGAGAAUUCUUUAAGCAAAUAGGAAUUAUCAAGACAAAUAAGAAGACUGGAAAACCAAUGAUAAAUCUUUACACAGACAAAGACACAGGGAAGCCAAAAGGAGAGGCAACAGUAUCGUUUGAUGACCCCCCUUCAGCCAAGGCAGCUAUUGACUGGUUUGACGGGAAAGAAUUCCAUGGCAACAUCAUUAAAGUGUCAUUUGCCACCAGAAGACCUGAAUUUAUGAGAGGUGGUGGAAGUGGAGGUGGACGGCGAGGCCGUGGGGGAUAUAGAGGUCGUGGAGGCUUUCAGGGGAGAGGCGGAGACCCCAAAAAUGGAGACUGGGUUUGUCCUAAUCCAUCAUGUGGAAAUAUGAACUUUGCUCGAAGAAAUUCCUGCAAUCAGUGCAAUGAGCCCAGACCAGAAGAUUCUCGUCCCUCAGGAGGAGAUUUCCGGGGGAGAGGCUACGGUGGAGAAAGGGGUUACAGAGGUCGUGGGGGAAGAGGUGGAGAACGAGGUGGCUACGGUGGAGACAGAAGUGGCGGUGGUGGCUAUGGUGCAGAUAGAAGUGGAGGUGGUUAUGGUGGAGACAGAAGUGGGGGUGGCUAUGGUGGGGACAGAGGAGGUGGCUACGGUGGAGACCGAGGAGGUGGCUACGGUGGAGACCGAGGAGGAGGCUAUGGUGGAGACCGAGGAGGAGGCUAUGGUGGAGAUCGAGGAGGCUAUGGUGGAGAUCGAGGGGGUAGCUAUGGUGGAGACAGAGGAGGCUACGGAGGAGACAGAGGAGGCUACGGAGGAGACCGAAGUCGGGGGGGCUAUGGAGGAGACCGUGGUGGUGGUGGUGGAGGAGGAGGAGGCUAUGGAGGAGACCGAGGUGGUGGCUACGGAGGAGACCGAGGUGGCUAUGGAGGAGACCGAGGUGGCUAUGGAGGCAAAAUGGGAGGAAGGAAUGACUACAGAAAUGAUCAGCGCAACCGACCAUACUGAUGACUAUUUUGAAUUUGUCUCUGACAUGAUUCAUAGUGAAAUUGCCAGAGUUUGGCCUGCUGCUUUCCUCAUGGCCUCUUCUUGAGUAGUG